UCUGUGGGAAAUACAUUAGAAAAAGCUAUUAAAACCUAUUCUAACCAAAUACGACCUUAAGGAGGUGCUGGGAGAUGGCGCCGAGGGCCUGGAGGCGCUGGCAGGGGAAGGGGAAUUUAGUAAACCAGAAGAUCAGAUCCUCCUUCCCGACAACCUGCUAAAUGACAUCCGAGAAGCUGGGAAGGAGGCCCUACUAAAAAUACCUGAUGGAACCACCCCUCUCCAGAACUUCACAUCCAUCCUCCAGGGCCCUGAUGAGACUUUUAUUAAGUAUAUUGACAGGUUAAAGGAGGCUAUAGACCGGCAGAUUGAGAACGUCGAGGCUCGAGAAGAACUGCUGCGUAAGAUGGCCUUGACCAACGCUAACCUGGAGACAAAGAAGAUCCUGCGAGCUCUCCCCCAGGACCCAGAGCCGACCAUCGCCAAGAUGGUCGAGGCGUGCACAAAAGCGGCAUCGAUGGAGCAGACUGUGGCGUUUGCGGGGAAAAACAUUUCGUUGGACCUGAUGGCAGACACCGGUGCGGACGUUACCAUCGUCCCUCAGGCAGAGUGGCCGCGCGACUGGGAGUUAGUGUCCCCUUGUGGCACAAUCUCCGGCGUGGGAGGAGCCGUCAAUUCCCGACGCAGUAAGCACCUCGUGUGUGUAGAGGGGCCGGAGGGCCAGGUUGCCACAAUUCGGCCUUUUGUGGUUGCAUCUAACAUCAAAUUAUUAGGCAGGGACGUAUUGUCCCAAUGGGGUGCCCGUCUCGACAUCCCUAGCCCUGCGUGGGAUUUUUAGUCUGGGCCACUGCGGAGCGCACCUCCCCACCGCUUAAUUGGAAAACUGAUACACCGGUGUGGGUGGACCAGUGGCCCUUGCCAAUCGAAAAACUUAAUGCGCUCAACGAACUAGUAGAGGAGCAGGUGCGCCUAGGGCAUUUAAUACCCUCCACCAGCCCUUGGAACACACCUGUCUUUGUUAUUAAAAAACCCGGCAAAGACAGGUGGCGCCUGCUCCAAGACCUACGCAGGGUUAAUGAUGUUAUUGAAGAUAUGGGACCUUUGCAACCGGGCCUUCCCUCUCCCUCUAUGCUGCCCCGGGAUUGGCAGCUCGCAAUCCUUGAUAUCAAGGAUUGUUUCUUCAACAUCCCGUUAUACCCCGGAGAUGCUCCCAGGUUCGCGUUUUCGGUUCCGUCUAUCAACCGAGGUGAGCCGUACAAACGGUAUCAAUGGACCACUCUGCCCCAGGGAAUUAAGAAUUCUCCGGUGCUCUGCCAAACCUUUGUGGCACAGGUCCUUUCCCCAGUUCGUCGCCUUUUCCCAGAGGCCAUCAUCCUUCACUAUAUGGAUGAUAUUUUGAUUUGUGCUGCUAACUCAACAUAUCUACAAGCAGCCUUAGACAGGACAGUUAAAGCCAUCAAAGCUGCGGGCUUUCAAAUUGCAGAAGAUAAGA